AUGUCGGGUUAUGUUGGCAUUCUGGUUUCAGAUCCAUGGCUACAGAACCAGUUCACCCAAGUCGAGCUCCGCAGCUUAAAAUCCCAUUUUGUGAGCAUGAAGAGGGACAGUGGAAAGCUCACACUUGGAGACUUGCCUGCCAAGAUGUCAAGGCUCAAAGUUGUGGGAUCAGAGAAUCUCACUGACCAAGACAGGACUUCUUUCAUUCAAGAUUUGCAUCCCAACCUUGAUGAAGAUGUCGAUUUUGAAUUCUUCCUCAGGGUUUAUUUGAAACUCCAAGCUCAUGCCACUGCUACAACAGGAAGUGGUGGAAAGAACAACUCCUCAUCUGCUUUUCUCAAGGCUGCAACCACCACUUUGCUUCAUACAAUCAGCGAAUCGGAGAAGGCUUCUUAUGUUGCCCAUAUCAAUAACUACCUUGCACAGGAUGAUUUCCUAAAGAAAUACCUUCCUAUUGAUCCAUCAACCAAUGAUUUAUUCGAGAUCGUCAAGGAUGGAGUACUUCUAUGUAAGCUGAUCAAUGUGGCAGUGCCUGGGACAAUCGACGAACGGGCUAUCAAUACAAAGAGAGUACUCAAUCCGUGGGAGAGAAAUGAAAAUCACACUCUGUGCCUCAACUCAGCUAAAGCUGUUGGAUGCACUGUGGUCAAUAUAGGGACUCAGGAUUUCAUUGAAGGAAGGCGUCAUCUUGUUCUUGGAGUGAUUUCUCAGAUUAUCAAGAUACAAUUACUGGCAGACCUCAACUUGAAGAAAACACCUCAAUUGGUGGAGUUGGUUGAUGAUAGUAAGGAUGUGGAGGAGUUGAUGAGUCUACCACCAGAGAAGAUAUUACUGAGGUGGAUGAAUUUCCAACUGAAGAAAGCAGGAUAUAAAAAGAUAGUCACAAACUUCUCCUCUGAUGUCAAGGAUGCAGAGGCCUAUGCUCACCUCUUAAAUGUUCUGGCACCUGAGCACGGUAAUCCAUCUGCAUUGGCUGCAAAGAAUCCUUUGGAAAGAGCAAAGUUAGUUCUUGAACAUGCAGAUAGGAUGGGAUGCAAGAGAUACUUGACUGCAAAAGAUAUUGUUGAAGGAUCCCCAAACCUUAACCUUGCUUUUGUUGCACAUAUUUUCCAGCAUAGGAAUGGGCUCUCAACCCAAACAAAGCAGAUAUCUUUCCUUGAAAAUUUGGCAGAUGACACUCAAAUUUCCAGAGAAGAGAGGGCAUUUCGCUUCUGGAUGAAUAGUCUCGGAAAUUCGACAUAUAUCAAUAAUGUCUUUGAAGACCUCAGAAACGGGUGGGCACUUCUGGAGUCCCUGGACAAGAUUUCACCAGGCAUUGUCAAUUGGAAGAUUGCAAACAAGCCUCCAAUCAAAAUGCCAUUCAGAAAAGUAGAAAACUGCAAUCAGGUCGUAAAAAUCGGGAAACAAUUGAAGUUUUCUUUGGUAAAUAUUGCUGGAAAUGAUAUUGUGCAGGGGAAUAAAAAGUUAAUACUUGCUUAUUUGUGGCAAUUGAUGCGGUACAACAUCCUACAACUACUAAAGAACUUGAGAUUUCACUCUCAUGGGAAGGAAAUCACUGAUGCUGAUAUUCUGGAAUGGGCCAACACCAAAGUUAGUAGCACAAGAAGCAAUAGCCGCAUGAAUAGUUUUAAGGAUAAGAGUUUGUCAGAUGGCACUUUCUUCCUUGAAUUGCUGAGCGCUGUGCAGCCUAGAGUGGUAAAUUGGAGCCUUGUUACCAAAGGAGUAACUGAUGAUGAGAAAAAGAUGAAUGCGACCUACAUCAUCAGUAUUGCAAGGAAGCUGGGAUGUUCAAUAUUUUUGCUUCCUGAAGACAUAACUGAGGUGAAUCAAAAGAUGAUCCUUACAUUAACUGCAAGCAUAAUGUACUGGUUCUUGAAACAACCUGUUGAGGACAGACCAUCUGGGAUUUCAGAUAGUGAGGGUUCCAGCCAACUGGAGACAAUCUCCAAUUCCACAACUGAUGACUCUGCUUCUGAGUCAUCAAUGGAGGAGCAUGGAAAUUUAUAA